AUGCAAAAACUGACGGAGCGCAUAGACGACCUGAAGCAGAGAAUCGCUGCUUGGGAAAAGCGGAUUCGGCGAUAUACCGAGAGGUCGACAUGGUUCAACCAGAAUCGCCUCUUCCAGAGUGAUCAGAAGAGGCUCUAUAAAUCAUUGGGACGACCAAUGGUAAGUGGAACGGGCCCAGUAAGGAAUCAGGCCGACACGGUUGAAUUUUAG